GUUUAACAAGCCGAGUUGAUAACCCUAUUAACUGGGUCAUGAAAGUGAUCUGAUUUAACCACACCUUCCCAGGGAUGUUACUGCUAGCAGUAGGCGUAACUGAUGCUUCUAGAAGCAUCAGUUACGCCUGAUUAAUAAUUAGUAGUAACUUGUCAAAGGAUUUUUUUUUUAAUCUUUAUUUAAAUAAAGGACUUUUGUCAUAAAGACAUGUCAGUCCCAUUGUAACAGAUCUUAAAUUUAACACAAGAUACAAUCGUUAAUUACAUUACAUACAGGUUUGAUACUUGUGGGAUUAUUAUCAUAAGUCCAAUAACCCACACAAAGUCAAAGGAAUUUAUAGAGCUGAUUGUAAGUGGGACAGGCCUGACCUCGUCGAAAUUUUGAGAGAUUAAAUUCCGAAUGUCUAAUAAAAGUUAUAUAAAAAAGUAAUAUUAGGAGUACCCAUAAUCAUCGAAUAUGUAUGAAAAGUGUAAUGAGUGUGGAGAAAGUGAAAGAGGACAAUGUAUAAUUUUCUUCAUUUAAUUCUGUUCACUAGGUAGGUAUCUAAUCAUUUCCUAAUCUUGUCAUCACAAUUUAUAGUGUGUGAUGUUCUUAGGUGUCACCAAAAAUACAGAUGUGACAUAAAAAAAUGUAAUGACGAAAUGCGUAUGAGUGGCGAGUUACUACUGACACAUUUGGGUACCUACUAUAAUCGCGAAAUUCACACGGCAGCGAAGCCUCAUUUUGUUAUAAGUUAUUUUUUUUUAAUUUUCGUUAAUAUUCUUUUCUUUCUGGCGCAAUUAUAUAGAUGAUUUUAUGAUAUAUAAUCUAUAUCAUACAUGGCUUUAAGCCAGCCAUCUGAACGUGACCUUCAAGACUGAUAGCUCUGUCCACUCCGUAAUCCUUACUUAAAUCAAACAUAUACCUACCUUAUUAAAUAACAAAAUACCUUAGGUAAACAGAGCCAAGUCUUGAGCAAAAAUUAUCAUACUAAUUAAAUAACCGAAGAGAUAAAUAUGACUUUUCCAAAUGAUGUAAUCUCUAUGUUUUUCUGUAAUAAGACAUUAGCUUAUCUUAAACCAACUGUUUUUGUUCGAACUUUUGACCCUCUUCUGAGAUGAUAAGUAUGGUUACAGUUUUGUAAAGUGCCUUGAACGCGUAUGUCGUGAGCCGUGGAAAUGUGUUCUCUACAGAGUGUAAAUAUUGCGCGUCUCGCGAAAAACGUACUUAAUGUGAAACAAAGCAGUGUCGCAUUAUGCAGUUUACGCCCUUAUAGCGAAAGCGGGAAACAGCCCUCCAAAACACCUUUAUAUGACUUACAUAUCAAAUACGGUGGUAAAGUAGUCGACUUUGCAGGCUUUCUGUUGCCUGUGCAGUAUUCAGAUCAGAGUGUGUCCGCUUCUCAUUUAUUUACCAGAAAAAGUGCAUCGAUUUUCGACGUUUCACACAUGUUACAGACUAAUGUUAAGGGUAAAGACUGUAUAGCUUGGUUUGAAUCAAUUUGCCCCGUCGAUUUGAAAGGUAUGCCGGAUGGCUCCAGCUCAUUGACUGUGUUCCUGAACGCUAAGGGAGGAAUCAUUGACGAUUUGAUUGUAACUAAAGUAAAUAAUGAAACUCUUUAUAUUGUUUCUAAUGCGGGCCGUUUAGAGGUUGAUAAAGAACAUAUGAAGGAAACAUCGGAAUUAUUUAGAAAGAAAGGUAAAGAUGUGAAUAUAGAGUUUUGGGACGUGAACCAAAGAGGUUUGAUAGCGGUCCAAGGCCCGAAGGCUGCUACAGCUGUGCAGUCUUUAACCGAUAUAAAACUCAAUGACUUGUAUUUUAUGAAUUCACGCGUGGGAUCAGUAGCAGGAGUACCUUGUCGCGUAACUCGCUGUGGUUAUACAGGGGAAGACGGCGUUGAGAUAUCGAUUCCAGCGGACAAGACUGAUACAGUCACCGAAGCUCUGCUACAGUGUAAUGAUGUCAAACUCGCCGGCUUAGGAGCUAGGGACUCGUUGCGUUUGGAAGCGGGAUUGUGUCUUUAUGGCAACGACAUCGACGAGAGCGUUACUCCAGUGGAAGCUAACCUCACAUGGUUGAUAUCAAAACCUAGAAGAGUCGAUGCAAAUUUUCCAGGGGCAGAAAUAAUAUUGAGACAAAUAAAACAAGGAGUAACUAAAAGGCGAGUAGGAAUAAGAAUGGAAACCGGUGCUCCUGCGAGGAAGGAUGCUGUGUUGAAAGAUAAGAAAACCUCUGAAGUUGUGGGAAAAGUGACUAGUGGUUGCCCCAGUCCUUCUCUCGGUGGUAAUGUAGCAAUGGGGUACGUGUCGGAAGCACUCAAGAAGGCAGGCACCGAGCUACUGGUCAAUAUCCGAGGAAAAGAUGUGCCGUGUGUAGUUGGUAAAAUGCCUUUCGUGCCAUCACAUUAUUAUAUUAAGAAAUAAAAGUUGUUAAGUCUAAAAUAAUAGU